AUGUCCCUAGAGCCACUGAAGUUCCAGGCAGUGGGCGAGGAUGAAGAAGAUGAGGAGGAGAGCUUAGACUCUGUGAAGGCACUGACAGCCAAGCUUCAGCUGCAGACCCGACGACCCUCAUACCUGGAGUGGACUGCCAGGGUCCAGAGCCCGGCCUGGUGCAGAGCCCAACCCAGACCUGAGCUGGAGAGACCUGGAGCCAUCUGUGGCUUUGAUUCCAUUGAUUCUGCGCUUCAGUGGCUCCGAAGGGAGCUGCAGGAAAUGCGUGCUCAGGACCGGCAGCUGGCAGGUCAACUGUUGAGGCUGCGGGCUCAGCUGCACCUACUGAAAGUGGACCAAGCCUGUCACCUGCACCAGGAGCUACUGGAUGAGGCGGAGCUGGAGCUGGAGCUGGAGUCUGGGACUGGCCUGGCUCUGGCCCCGCCACUGCGGCAUCUGGGGCUCACACGCAUGAACAUCAGUGCCAGGCGCUUCACCCUCUGCUGA